AUGUUUAAUGCCACGUUCAAGUGCCAGGCAAGCAAUUCGAAAUUGACAUUACCUUUGGAAAAAACUACAAGGUUGGAACUGAAUUUGAAGCCUUUGAGAGUAAAUAUAUUAAAUAAACCCAAACUACUGUCUGCAGACACUGAAUAUGCCAUUUCGUGCGAAUCCGUUGGAUCGAGACCUCAAGCUGAAAUAACAUGGUGGCGAGAAAAUAGAAGAUUUAGAAAAGGAAGAGUGAGUACAUUUAUUUAA